AUGCCAAGGCUGUGUCCCCUCUUUCGGCAGUUACAUGGAUUCCCACUGCUUCUUAUGGUGGUUGGCUGGGUUGUAUUUUUUUCUUUUUUCUCCCCAAGUUCUACUCACAUAGCCAACUCUCCCAGGGGAUUGCUCCUGAAGCCCUGGGCUAUCGCGGGCCCCCUAACCACAGCAGCUCACAGCGACGGUGCUGACCAGGCUUCGCCGUGGUGCUCCCCGCCAGCCCCCGAGCCGAGUGUCCUGCUGAACGAGUGUGGGUCCACCGAGGCCACUCCCCGGGGUCAAGCGGAAGGAGAGCGAGUGCCUUGCCUUCUAAAGCUGGAGCCCAGCCGAAAGCCUCUGCCCACCUUCACAAGGGAAGGGGAUGACAGAGAGAGGGAGAGGAAGGAUGCACACAGCCCAGGUCUUCAGGAGUCCCACCCAUCUCAGAAACUCCCCGUGACUGGGCUAAAAAACCUUUACCCAUGCUUGAACCCAGCCAGUGAGAGUUGCCACACUUCCUGCCCCUUGCCCCCAAAGGAAUGUUCCAUGGUCCCUUGA